AAUAAAAACGAUUAACAUGCUAAUAUUAUUUCUACUUUUAGGUCUAAGUGUCAAUAUCGAACUUAAAUUUGAAGAGGAGAUUAUUAAAUUAGAGCAAACUUAAUUAGGCAAAACAUUUUUAGAUACAGUUUAAAUUGCUGUGAGAAGUAAAGAACCUUUAGAUAGAGUAUUCUAAAUUUUAAGAGAUCAAGCAUAGUCAUAUGAAACUGAAUUCUUAUCUAUUGAUCAAAAACAUAAGACAUUUUCUGCUAAAUGCAUUAAAGAUCUCAAUGAUUUCGAUAAUUAUGCAGCUUUAUUAAAAGCUCGUAUAAUGGAUAUGUAAUAAGCCUUAGAUGAUAAAGUACCUGAAAAAAACAAAAAAGUUAAUACACUUUAAAACAAAAAGAAAGAAAAAUCUAUCUUAAUUAAUAGAAUAGAUGAGAUCUAAUAAAAUAGAGAGAAACAGAAAUGUGUCUUCGAAUCAAGACUUGAGUAAGUAUAUUACGCUAUCAAAGAGAACAUUAAACUGCCAUUUCUGCUGUUGUUGCAGUUAGAGAAAUAUUUGAGUCUGCUUUAUAUGAAAAUGAAAACGGAGAAACAGCGUUUAUUCAACUAUAAGAAGAUGAUGUUGAUAAAAUUACAAAUUUAUUAGGUUAUGCAAGUCUUAAGGCAGGUAUACUAUUAUCUUUAUAAUAAGGGGAUUUUAAACAUUUAUAGGGUUAUAGUUCAUUGUUUGCUGUUAUGGAAUAAUUGAAAGUAGGAUAAAUUUCUAAACAUGAAGAAACAGUACGAUAAUUAGUAGAAACUUGCAAUGAUUUAGAAAAUUACAUUGAUAUUGCUAGAAGUCUUUUAAGAUCAGUAGAUGACAUCAGAGACUCUUAUUUCCAAAGAUUAUUCAAAAAUUUGAAUCAAGAUUUAAGAGAUGUGAAUGCAAUUAUAGAGGAGCUAGAAUCAGAUGUUAAUGUUUUAGAAGCUUAAAUUAAAGUUCUCUCUAUGGACAGAGAUGAAGCAGUGUAGAAAUAGGAAAAUAAAAUAAAAUAACGAGGAGAUAGAUCAACUGAAUGUGAAUAAGAAGAUAGUGUUUAUUAAUUUAAAUUAUAGGAAAAGUAAUUUAUAUUAUUAUUAUCUAUUAGUUAAAGAGAAAGAGAAACUAUUCAUAGGAUAUUAACAUUAUGUUUAGAAAAUGUUAAAGAACUUAAACAUUAUAUCAAAAAAAGAGGAGACGAAUUUUAAUGA